AUAUGCACCGCAGGCCAAACUCAAAACCUGCUGUUGUUUACGUUACAGCAGGAAUAUCAGCUGUUUUGUGUUGGUGCUGGCGAGAGAAUCAAACAGGAAACGCGGAUUAUACGCAGAAUUUUAAAAUGCCGUUUUACUCAAAAGACUGGAGGAGUCCGGGCGAGGAAUGGGUGAAAACGGACGAAGGAUGGGAGAAGAAGAAAGUCCUGGAGCACUACAAGCAAAUCAAGUCCAAAGCCAACGAGGAGGACAAAGAAAACAUUGACACUGUCCAGGCAUCGUCCAGCCACCAACCCUACUGCCAAGUCACAUUUAAAAGUACAAAGGAGAUCGCCGGAUUCAACGAACUAGACGAAGCAGUGAAACGUCUUGAUUUCCGAAGCGCGGUCCGAGACGUGAGGCGUUUCAAUUACGUCUGCGCCCUCCUGGAUCACCUCAUUGGUCAGCAGAUGACCGGAAUGUCCGGUUGUGCGCAGAAAGCCCUACUUGCCAUGCUCGAGGAGGUCGCUCGUUAUGCGACCACCAGCCAGCACAACCCCAGAGGGUUCAGACGGUUGCUGAAUAAGCUGAGGGCGCUCAGCGCCGCCGAGAGGUCCGCUUGUUGGGGAGGUAAACGUGUCUAUGGACUCUUAAACUGUCAAUUGAUAAGAGCGUUUUUAGCUCCCCUGGGGUCCCAGCUGCUGUGGCAUCAAAACACCUUGAAAAUCAACCGGAUACUCAACAUGGGGUCAGAGUUCCAGAUCGAGGAGCCGCAUCCGGAUAGUUACCCGAAACUACUGGGUCUACCAGAGGAGUGUCUGCGCGAGAUCAUCCUGCGUCUGUCCGAUCACAGGGACUUGACGGCUGGUGCGCAGAGCUGUGAGCAGAUCGGCGCAAUCGUAAACGAGCAGCGAGUCUGGAGAGAGCUGACCAAGUUCCAUUUCGACCAGAGGCAGAUCGAGUUGGCGAUGUCCAAGGAGGGCGAGACUGAUUGGAAGACUGUAUUUAAUUUAUUGAAAAAGACCUAUGGACUGAAUGAGGAGAGACAGUACGCGGAAAUGUUGUCGCUGUGCAAGUACUGCCGCUGUCUGUUCUGGAAAUCUUUGGGGCAUCCGUGCAUUGCCGAUCAGUGUCCGGAUUUUAAGGCGAGACUAUUAGAGGCCGGUGGGGCCACUCCGCCCGCCCCAGUACCGCCCUCUGCGUUUUUGAAACUUUUCUCCUUGUAGGUUAUUAUAGAAUAAAAGAGGAUUCGAACUGUGGAUAUUAAGGAAUCUUUCUGUCCCCUUUGGAAGAGUAUCAGGGGACAGGAGAAUUUCGCGUGGAGUGCUAGAAUAAGUAAGAAGUAUAUGUCGUCCGGGCAACUUAGUUGUUAGUGUACAAAUAUGGCCGAUAGUGUUUUGUUUCGGUUUAGGGUUUGCAGGUCAUUUACUCAUUGACGUUUAAUUUGACUAAAAAACUCAUUAUCAAAGAACCUCUAUGUUUCUAUUAAAAUUUAUACACAAAAUACUAAAUUAUAUUUAUAAGAUUUUACAGACUAUAUUAAUAUAUUUUGUUGUGCUUGUAUUGCAUUGUGAUAUAAUUAAUUUUUACAUAAUAUUAACAAUGGCGCAUACAUUAUUUGUGUUUACUCACACACAUUAUAUUCAUGUGAAAUAAACUAUUUUCAAUUACC